ACAAAAAGCCCAGGAGGGGCUGGCCUGUGGGCGGGGAGUAUGAUAAUACCCUUCAGAGGAAGUGAGCGCAGUGUAGUGGAAUGUAGUUGCCAUUAGUGGGAGGUGAACUGAGGCUGGCUAACAGCUAGCCUGCUAUGUUGAGUCUGAGUUGGAGACGCAGAAGCGAGUGAUGAAAACAUGCCUCAUUUCACAGUGGUACCAGUGAAGGAUCAAGCUGAGGCCAGCUAUGACAGUCUAGAGGGGAUUAACUGGGUGGAUUACAGGGACACUGGACAGGACUACCCUGAUCAUCAAGACACUGUCAGUUCUGAUGGACAUGGGAAUCAUAAAGAAGACAGUCCAUUUCUCAGCAGUGCUGAUGCUGCAAGCAAGAAGAAUGACUUCUAUGACAGGAACCUGGCUUUGUUUGAGGAAGAACUGGACAUCCGGCCAAAGGUUUCCUCUCUGCUCAGCCGCUUGGUCAGCUACACUAACAUCACCCAGGGAGCCAAGGAGCAUGAGGAGGAGGAGAGCGCUCUGGCCUCACGUAGGAAGACCCCCAAGUCUCCCAACAUGGGCACACUGAUGGGAGUCUACUUGCCGUGUCUCCAGAACAUUUUUGGUGUCAUUCUUUUCCUCCGACUGACAUGGAUUGUUGGGACGGCUGGCGUCAUGCAAUCCCUCCUGAUUGUCCUAAUGUGCUGCUCAUGUACCAUGCUCACAGCCAUAUCAAUGAGUGCCAUUGCAACUAAUGGUGUUGUUCCAGCCGGAGGGGCGUACUUCAUGAUCUCACGCUCUCUUGGUCCUGAGUUUGGAGGAGCUGUGGGGCUGUGCUUCUACUUGGGCACCACCUUUGCUUCUGCCAUGUACAUACUAGGGGCCAUUGAAAUCUUCUUGAAAUAUCUGAUCCCCCAGGCGGCCAUCUUUCACGCAACAGACCCUCCUGGAAGUGACAGUGCCAUGCUGAACAAUAUGCGAGUUUAUGGUUCUAUCUGCCUCAGCCUGAUGGCUGUGGUGGUUUUUGUCGGAGUGAAAUAUGUCAACAAGUUGGCCUCUCUUUUCCUCGCCUGUGUAAUUAUCUCAAUUGUCUCUAUUUAUGCUGGGGCAAUCAAAUCCAUGACUCAUCCACCAGAAUUCCCGAUCUGCAUGCUGGGAAACAGGACUUUGGUGAGAGAUCGCUUUGAUGUGUGUGCUAAAACUGUGAUAAAGGGAAACAUCACAGUGCCCAGUCAGCUAUGGGACAGGUUCUGUCUGCCGGGGAACUUGAGCAGCACACAGUGUGAUGACUACUUCGUCCAGAACAAUGUGACAGAGAUACAGGGCAUUCCUGGACUGGGAAGUGGGAUUAUUAGAGAAAACAUGUGGGGUGACUACCUGCAGAAAGGAGAGAUCUUAGAGAAACCAGGUCUACAGUCAGUGGAUGUCCACGGUGCCCUUGAGAACUUUGGGAUGUACGUGUCUGCAGACAUCGCUACAUCAUUCACACUUCUGGUGGGGAUCUUCUUCCCGUCUGCCACAGGUAUCAUGGCAGGCUCCAACAGAUCCGGUGAUCUUCGCGAUGCUCAGAAGUCCAUCCCUGUGGGAACUAUCUUAGCUAUUACUACUACUUCACUUGUUUAUUUUACUUCUGUGGUCCUCUUUGGUGCUUGCAUUGAAGGAGUCGUCCUUCGGGACAAGUUUGGGGAUGCUGUUAGGAAGAACUUGGUGGUGGGAACACUCUCCUGGCCGUCUCCCUGGGUUAUUGUCAUCGGCUCUUUCUUUUCUACAAUUGGGGCGGGCCUGCAGUCCCUCACAGGGGCCCCUCGACUUCUACAGGCUAUUGCCAAGGACAACAUCAUUCCUUUCCUCAGGGUGUUUGGUCAUGGAAAGACCAAUGGAGAGCCUACAUGGGCACUCCUACUGACUGGUCUUAUAGCUGAGCUGGGAAUCCUUAUUGCCUCCCUGGAUAUGGUGGCUCCUAUUCUGUCCAUGUUCUUCUUGAUGUGCUAUCUCUUUGUGAACUUAGCCUGUGCAGUUCAGACUCUUUUACGCACACCCAACUGGAGGCCGAGGUUUAAAUAUUACCACUGGGCUCUCUCGUUCCUUGGAAUGAGUAUGUGUCUGGCUCUAAUGUUCAUCUCUUCCUGGUACUAUGCUAUUGUGGCUAUGGGCAUUGCUGGAAUGAUCUACAAGUACAUUGAGUACCAGGGAGCAGAGAAGGAGUGGGGAGAUGGUAUAAGAGGACUGUCCCUUAGUGCUGCCCGAUACGCCCUGUUAAGACUGGAGGUUGGACCUCCACACACCAAGAACUGGAGACCUCAGCUGUUGGUGCUAUUGAAGCUGGACGAGGAUCUCCAUGUAAAGUAUCCUCGACUGCUCACCUUUGCCUCACAGCUGAAGGCAGGAAAAGGUCUGACCAUUGUGGGCUCAGUAGUCCAGGGCAACUUCCUGGACAGUUAUGGGGAAAUGCAGGCAGCUGAACAGGCCAUUAAAAAUAUGAUGGAGAUUGAGCGAGUCAAGGGUUUCUGCCAGGUUGUGGUGGCAUCCAAGGUGCGGGAGGGUGUUGUCCAUCUGAUCCAGUCCUGUGGUCUGGGGGGCAUGAAGCACAACACUGUAGUGAUGGGCUGGCCGUAUGGCUGGAGGCAGAGUGAGGACCCUCGUGCCUGGAAGACUUUUAUCAACACAGUCCGCUGCACAACAGCUGCCCACCUGGCCCUGAUGGUGCCCAAAAAUGUGUCCUUCUACCCAAGCAACCAUGAACGCUUCACAGAUGGCAACAUUGAUGUGUGGUGGAUCGUACAUGAUGGAGGGAUGCUAAUGCUGCUACCUUUCUUGCUCAAACAGCAUAAAGUUUGGAAGAAAUGCAAGAUGCGCAUUUUUACCGUAGCCCAGAUGGACGACAAUAGCAUCCAGAUGAAGAAAGAUCUGGCCACAUUCCUUUACCAACUGAGAAUAGAGGCUGAGGUGGAAGUGGUGGAGAUGCAUGAUAGUGACAUCUCAGCAUACACCUACGAGCGAACGUUAAUGAUGGAGCAGAGGUCCCAGAUGUUGAGGCAAAUGAGGCUGUCCAGUGCAGAAAGACAAAGGGAGGCUCAGCUGGUUAAAGACAGACACUCUUUGGUGCGUAUGGGAAGUCUAUACUCAGAUGAGGAGGAGGAGGUGGUGGAGUCUCCUCCAGAAAAGGUUCAGAUGACGUGGACGAGAGAGAAGUGUGAAGCUGAGAGGAGGAACAGAAAUAAUGCACCGGAGAACUUCAGAGAACUCAUGAGCCUCAAACCGGACCAGUCCAAUGUGCGCCGAAUGCAUACAGCUGUAAAACUGAAUGAGGUCAUAGUCAACAGGUCUCAUGAUGCUCGAUUAGUGCUGCUGAACAUGCCAGGCCCACCUCGAAACACAGAUGGUGAUGAGAACUAUAUGGAGUUUCUGGAGGUGCUGACUGAAGGCUUGGAAAGAGUGCUGCUGGUCCGAGGUGGAGGUCGGGAGGUUAUCACUAUCUACUCAUGACCAAGUAUUAGCUGCUACACAGGAGCAUCAACCUUGACAAAAUACGUUCAACAUGAGGCAACUCCUGCUUUGCUGCCAGACAGUUCUGGGUAGAUGUCUGAAUUUGACACUUUUAUUGUGAAGUACAGACUUUUGAAUACAAAAGAGGUUUAUUCUAUUCUUGUAGAAUACUGGGACACAUUAGUGUAUAUAUCAAUCUGUAUGUUCACGGCUCUGCCAUUCUUUAGAAAUGAAAGAUGUUAUUUUUCUCUCACAGAAAUCAAUGCUUGUGUUUCAAACAGUAAAAAAAACAACUUUGGAUAAAGAUUUUAUUAUUUCUCUUAUUUAUAGGUCACAAAUACCUCUUCAUGUGUAAACCUAUAUUUGACAUUUUGGCAGACAGAACUAUCCUGAGUAGUACAUGUGUUGUUACAACUGUUUUUUUUUUUUGUCUGAAAACAACUUUUGAUUUCGGAAGCACAUCUCUAUUUAUUUAUUUAUUUUUUCAACACUUCCCCACUGAGGUAAAGAAUAUGUUACUGUAGAUACUAAACACAGUGCGUGAUGUUGGUUGUGCCGCAUACAGCAGGUGGCACAGAAUCCAGUUUGUAAAUGUGGAUGCUAGAGAUCAUAAAGCAAAUUUUCAAAGAGUCAUAAUGUAUGAUUUUUGGACUGAUUUUGUGUUGUUGAUUGUUAUGGAAUUUUCUAUCCUUAGGUUACAUGAGGUCACGUGUGGGCCUUGAGGUCCUUGGCAGUAUUAAUUGUUUGGCUUUGAUUGGGAACAGUAUGUGCCAGUCUAUCUCAACACUGUGGUGGUCGGGGUCGAAGAGACCUAUUGCUGCCUUCCUAGACAUAAUAGAUAGCUUGCCAUAGACGUCCCAAUCUGCGUAAACAGACAUCUGUGUCUUCAGACUAGAAUAUGCUUUUUUUGCAAAUAACACCUUGCCAGUGUUCUUUGCAAUAACACCUCCAAGGGUAAAAACAUUCUCUUUGGCUAAUUCUGGGUGUAUAGUAUUUGUGGUGUUAUCUUGGGUUUAAAGUCUAUCCACCAGCAUGAGUUGACUUUUGAACUGUCCUGAUUAUUCUUUCUGCAAACUUUGAUUUUGAUUUUUUUAUGAAAAUCCAACAGUGUUUUUAUAAGUGAUAAACAAUGAGAAGGCGUGCAGAUAUUAAAAGCUAAUGACACAAUGCGAAGAAUGCUCCUGGUCUUCCCUUCACAUCAGUUUUAAUAAAAAUAUAUUUUUUGAUAGGUUGGAGUGGAUUAUGUCACUUGCCAGCAAUGCAAAUAUAUCUGUUUGGUAAUUAUGAGUUUGGCACAAUACACUCUUUAAGUGUUAACUUUAUCUUGGCAGUAUUUUAGUGAAGCUAUGUGUAUUAAGGCUUGUAGAGCUAUUAUGUCAAAGCUGUGUAGUUUGUGAAAAGCAUGCAAAUGGUAUAGACAUUAAUGAAACAUCAAAGUGAGCCAACCAAAGCGAAUUCUUAUCAGUUCUGUUGGCAUUACGGUGUUUUAUCUGAAUCCUAUUUGGUUUCCGGUUUAGCUGCUUGUUCUAAGUUAAAGGUUGUGUUUCAAUAAUUUCUAUGUGUAAUUAUUAAUGUGAGAAAAAAACAGGCAGUUUAGCCAAAGAACAGUUCAGCUAACACUAAAAUGCACACUAUGUUUUGUAAACUUCCAUAAUAUCUUAUAAUGCUAUUAAAUAAAAAGAACAUCCCUUUAUAAA